CUUGCAUUAGAUUUUCUUAGAAUUUAGCUUUACUCGCUGAGCAAAAAUGUCUAAACACACCGGCACAAACCUAGCAUCGCUUUCUCAAGCGGAAAUUAAAACCUGGAUCGACUCCUUCGAUACCGUGCUGACGGACUGCGACGGAGUAAUUUGGGUUGAUAACAAUCCGUUACCAGGAGCUCCCGAUGUGAUCAAUAAAUUCAUCGCGUGUGGCAAACAGCUAUUCUUCGUGACGAACAACUCCACCAAAACACGACCAGAAUUUGUGGAGAAAGCCGUUCGUUUGGGUUUCAACGUUUCUAUCGAUAACAUUAUCUCAACAGCGUACCUUGCCGCACAGUACCUAAAAAAUGUUGGAUUCAAGAAAACCGUCUACGUCAUCGGAUCGACAGGCAUUACAAAGGAACUGGAUAACGUCGGCAUACAACAUGUAGGACUCGGUGCCGACACGCUUUGCGGAACGUUGGCCGAAACUGUCGCCAGCUUUGAGCCUGAUCCCAACGUUGGAGCAGUCAUUGUGGGUUUUGACGAACAUUUUAGCUUUGUAAAGAUGAUGAAAGCGGCGUCUUAUCUGAACAAUCCCGACGUGAUAUUUAUUGCUACGAACACCGACGAAAGGUUUCCGACGACUGAUCGUGUCAUCCCCGGUACGGGAAGUAUCGUGAAAGCGGUAGCAACAUGUGCCGAGCGAGAUCCCAUCGUGAUGGGUAAACCGAAUCCUCACAUUUGUGAGAUUGUACGUAAGGAGUAUAAUGUCGAUCCCGCGCGAACGUUGAUGAUUGGCGAUCGAUGCAAUACGGACAUUUUGCUUGGCAAAAAUUGCGACUUCCAGACGCUCUUGGUCGAAACGGGUAUUCAUAAUGCUGCCGACAUAGGAAAGUAUGCCGCAUCCGAUGAUCCGUCCGUGAAUGCGUUAGUUCCCGACGUGUACCUCGCUAAACUGGGUGACUUACUAGCGUAUUUGUAGGUCGAACC